AAUUCGGAAUCAGUUUUCUCUUGUAUUUCUGACAUAAAUCUGGUUAGAACCACAACACGAAAUUCUGACAAGACCUUGCAUAAAAAUCCAACAGUGAAUAUGCGUGCCUCUGUAUAUUGAUUACAGUCAAACGAAACUAAUUUAUAAAGAUGGGCACAGUUGAAAAUUGUGUUAAUUAUCGUGAAACAGUUUAAUGGACGGGCUGUGUAAAAUUUUUUGGGUGUUUCUGUGAAGAAAAAUUAUAAUUUGAAUUCUCAGUGAAUUCUUAGUGCUCAGACUUGGUGGUUCGACGAUCAGACAUUGUGACAGUGAUAUAUAUCUCGUAGACAAUGAAGAAGCUACUCUUUUCCGUUAUAUUAUCACAAAUGUUUAUCACAGCAUUUUCAAUAAAAUGCUAUCAAUGUAGUUCCAUGACCGACGAAGGAUGCGAUAGCUUAGCAACAUUCAGUCCACAUUUAACGGCCGCAUACUUUAAAGAAUGUGAAGAACUUGAUAAGUACAAUGGAUCAAAGCCUUUCUGUCGGAAGAACGAACUCGAAGUUAAAUAUCCCGAGAAGAUAAAACGUACGGUUCGAUCAUGCGGAUGGUUGAAAUCUCCCGCGACUCCUUUGAGUUGUACCAGCCGAGACUACGAUGGCCACAUUGAAGUCAAGUGUCAGUGUUUCGAGGACGGAUGUAACGGAUCGUCUCAAAUGGAAAUGUUUAGCCUGAUAACUUUGGCCGUUCUGAAUGUUUUAGUAUUUAUUGCUUGCAAUUGAUUUUUAAUUUUGAGAUAAGACUUUGCAGUAUGUUAUAGCCAUUGUUGCAUGUACUUGUACUGUACAUAGUUUAUUUAUAGGUAAAUUAAUAAAAACUUUCUGCCACUUUUUAAA